AUGGGAUACCGCUUCCCAAAGAGGACAGAUCCCUGUUCGUUUCCUUGUCUGAAUGGAGGUCAGUGUGUCCAUCCUGAGUCAUGUGACUGCAGUUUAUACCAAGCUACUGGAACACGAUGCCAAACAGUUCCUAACCCAGGAUUUGAGAGGGAGAUGGCGUGUCGGUCGUGGGGCCAGUAUAACUACGAGACGUUUGAUGGGCUGUACUAUCACUUUCCUGGGAGAUGUACCUACACUCUGCUGAGAGACUGUGAAGACACCAGCCAGGCCAGCAUUCUCAUACAGGUCCACAAUGACCCAGACUGCCGCUCGUCUCCCUACUCCUGCACGCGGUCAGUUAGUCUCUUCCUGCCCUGGGAAGGAGAGAUCAGGUUGCACAGGUCCAAAGUUACCUUCAAGGGACAGAGUGUCCAGCUGCCUCACCACAUCCAUGACGUGGAGCUGGAGAAGAUCUCCCGCUAUGUCUUGGUGACCCAGCAACAUGGCUUCACCCUGGCCUGGGACGGACACAGUGGCUCUGUCUACAUCAAGCUGAGCCCAGAGUGGGUGGGCAGGACCUGCGGUCUGUGUGGCAACUUCAACGCAGACGUACAGGAUGACCUGAAGACCAGCUACGGUGUGGUGACGGAGGACCUGUCCAUGUUUGGGAACAGCUGGGUGGAGGAGGAGCUUCACCAGGUCAGGUGUCCCAUGGUGCCCUUCAUGUUCCCCUCGCCCUGCGCCUCACGUGACCCACACAUACUACUGGUGUUCACGGAGUAUGCCCGGGUCUGUGCCCACGCCGACCACCCACUGACGGACUGGAGGACUCACAUACCACAGUGUGCGAUGCCGUGCCCUCCAGGUCUGCAGUAUAAGGAGUGCAUCACCUGCUGCCCUGUGUCCUGUAACGUGGACAGAAUGUGCAUCGACAACAAGCUGCAGUGUCUAGACGGAUGCUACUGUCCCGAUGAUCUGAUCUAUGAGGAGGGAAGUUGUGUGAAGGCCUCAGACUGUCCCUGUGAAUACCACGGCAUGGUCUACCCGUCCGGACAGACCGUUCAGGAGGAGUGUAACAACUGCACGUGUGUGGGGGGAGUGUGGAACUGCACAGAGUACAGCUGCCCAGGAGAGUGCUCUGUGACUGGGGACAUGUACUUCCACUCGUUUGACGGCAGGAUGUUCACCUUCCCAGCUUCCUGUCAGUAUGUCCUGGCUAAGAGUCGUAACUCAGGGAAGUUCACUGUCACCAUUCAGAACGCCCCGUGUGGACCCCAUUUGGACGGGUCUUGUAUCCAAUCAGUCAGCCUGGUCAUAGACGAGGACCCACGGACUGAGAUCACACUGACCCACCUAGGAGAGGUCUUCAUGGCAGGACAGUACCGCAUCUCUCUGCCCUAUUCAGACGAGGUGUUCUACAUCCAGGAGCUGUCCUCCAUGUACCUGCAGGUGCGUACUGCUCUGGGUCUGCAUCUGCAGUACAGCUGGAGGGAGUUCCGUCUCUACCUGCAGGUGGAUGAGCUGUGGAAGGGCGACACGGUGGGGCUCUGUGGAACCUUCAACGGAAACAUCCAGGACGACUUCCUGUCCCCGUCUGGUAUGAUAGAGAGCACCCCUCACCUGUUUGGCAACACCUGGAGGGUAUCCUCUGCCUGUGUCCCCAGCCAGAGUGUUCCCCAGCUUGACCCAUGUGACACCCAUCAGCAAGCAGCAUCCUACGCCUCUGAGAUGUGUGACAUCCUGAACCAGGAGUUGUUCUCAGCGUGUCAUGAGUACCUGAGUCCGGUGCCCUUUCACCAACAGUGUAAAGCAGACACCUGUAAGUGUGGCCAGUCCUGCCUCUGCUCUUCCCUGGCCCACUAUGCUAGACAGUGCAGGAAGUACUCUGUCAUCACGGAGUUCAGAUCCACCGUACCUGACUGUGAGGUGACAUGCCCAGAUACCAUGGAGUACGGAACCUGUGUGUCGUCGUGCCAACGGCGUUGCUCCGCCCUGUCCAUGCAGCAGCACUGUGGAGAGGAGUACCAACAGUGUCCGCUGGGUCAGAUGUACCUGGACUGUACUGAGGGGCUGGAGGGGCUGAAGGCUAUAGAUGGGAUCAGCCUGGGUAGAGGACUGGGCUGUGAACACACCUGUGAAUCCCACCUGCUCAACCUCACCUGUUCAGCUCAUGAACCUUGCAUACCUGGCUGUGUCUGUCCCCCUGGAUUGCUGAAACAUGGUGAUGAGUGUUUUGAGCCUGACGCCUGCCCCUGCCUCUGGAAGGGGAAAGAGUACUAUCCAGGAGAUAGAGUCACCUCCCCCUGUCAUCAAUGUGUCUGCCAGCAUGGAACAUUCCAGUGUGUGUUCCGUCCGUGUCCGUCCAUGUGCACGGCCUAUGGGGACCGCCACUACAGGACCUUUGAUGGUCUACUGUUUGACUACGUUGGAGUGUGUAAAGUCUACCUAGUAACGAGCAGUGCUGAUCUGAUGAUGAGUGUGACGGCUGAGAACGUGGACUGUUACGACAGCGGCGUCAUCUGCAGGAAAUCUCUACUCAUCAACAUUGGUAGAUCUUUCAUUGCGUUCGACGACGACAGUGGCAAACCAAACCCGUCCAGUGUGAUCGACUGGAGGCAGGAGGUGUUCAUAUGGAGCGCUGGGCUCUUCACCGUGGUCCACGUUCCAGAGGAGGACCUGACCGUGCUCUGGGAUCGCAAGACCACGGUCCACAUCCAGGCUGGACCACGCUGGCAGGGCAAGCUGAGCGGUCUGUGUGGGAACUUUGACCUGAGGACGGUCAAUGAGAUGAGGACACCAGAGAACAUAGACUCUGCCACGCCUCAGGAGUUUGGCAACAGCUGGACGGCAGCUGAGUGUGUUAACAGCCCAGACAUCAGACACCCCUGCAGUCUGAACCCCCUGAGGGAGCCGUUCUCCAAGAGGCAGUGUGGAGUCCUGCUCAGCGAGGUCUUCCUGGUCUGCCACCCGGUGGUGGACGUGACAUGGUUCUACAUGAACUGUCUGGCUGAUACGUGCGGCUGUAGUCGCGGUGGCGACUGUGAGUGUUUCUGUACCAGCGUGGCAGCCUACGCCCACCGAUGCUGUCACCAGGGUGUCACCGUGGACUGGCGAUCCCCGUCGAUCUGCCCCUACGAUUGUGAAUACUACAACAAAGUUCUGGGUAAAGGCCCCUACAGGCUGGUGACCUACAGGGAGAGGGACACGGUGCUGGCAGCCAACAGGUCCAGUGGGACAGUGUUCCCUAAGAAAGGAGACCCUGCUGCGGCUGGCUUCCUGUCCCUCUUCAUGAUGACCCCUGGGCUCAGCAGAGCGCGUCCGCAUGACACGUCCCUGGUGUCGUUCGAGGCGUCCGAUCGGCCCAACUACUUCCUGGCUGUGGACAGCAGCGGCCAUCUCACACUGACCAAGUGGGAGGAGAGUGAAGCAUUCUGGGCCGCGGCUACCUUCACGCUGCACCGUGACACCUGGAUCCAGGGUUAUGAUUCUCUGGAGGCUUUGGCCAGACCGGGAUUCUUCCUCCACUACAUGCUGUCCUGGAUUCACCUCAUGAAGUACAAACACACCGACGGAUUCCGCAAAGCCACGCUCUUCAAACUGACAGGCCCUGGUCCAGACACCCCUACGGGUCCUAAGUGCCAGUGGAGGUAUGAGUCGUGUGUCAGCCCCUGCUUCAGGACCUGCAGUGACCCCUCGGGGGGGGCAUGUGGCACCGUUCCAAAGGUGGAGGGAUGUCUGCCUCUGUGUCCUGGUCACAUGGUGCUGGAUGAGGUCACUCAGAGAUGUGUCCAUGUUGAAGACUGCAUUAAGCCACCAGUUGCUGUGCAGCCCAUUACUACUGUCAGCAGUGUUGAGUCAACACCUGCAGCUGUCACUCCUUCAGCCACCACAACCACCACUAGGAGCAGCCCGGCUAGCCCUGGCCUCUCCACGGCACGCUCCACCCCGGGUCCCCCUGUCCCCCUCACCACCACCUCCAUCCAGCCUCCAUACACCACCACCCCUUCAGACACAGUCCCCACCACUGCAGCCACCACCACCACCAUUCCUAUUGUCUCAACUUCUGCUUUGGAUGCUCUGACCACCUCUGCUAAGGUUCCGACCACAGUGACCGAUAAGGUGGUUCUGCCCAGCACCUCUUCAGCCGUACCGACUCCAGAGGGAACCAGUGCAGCAUCAACACCCUCAACUCCAUCCCUGGCCACCGCAGUAAGACCUGAGGUGGUGGAGGUUGUAUCUACAGUGAAGACAUCUCCAUCAUUACCCUCCACUACAGAAGGCAGUACAGAGAGGACCAGCCAGGUCCCCUUCUCUAUCACAGCUCUGUUCUGGCUCACGUCCUCCACCACCAGGCCCUCUCUACGCCCAGGGCCUACAGACACCACAUUCACCAGCCCCCCUCCAUCCACUACCAUGGGCCCCUGGAUAAGCUCCACCGUGGGGCCUACUCAGACCAGCGCCCUGCCUGCAGUACCAGUCACCCCCACCAGUGUGACCACCAAGGCCACCACACGUCCAGGAGACACAGACUACAACCAGGACUACAACCAGGACUACAGCUUCUAUAACCACCCUUGGUGCACCCACAGAGACAAGCACAAAGCCUGUAACUGUGGAGACAACCGAGCCAUCAACAAUCAAAGUCCUCUCUCCUGGUGUAUCGACUACAGCCGAUACUACAGUACCCUCUCUCUCACCGACCUCCACCGUUCACACCGUAACAACAACAAUACCACCACCACCAGAACCCACUUCAAAACACAGCACGGUAUCAACCUCACCAGUCACCCCUUUCACUACUCUCAGAACUACACCGUCCACACGCCCGAAGACAACACCACCACUUGUUUUCACGGCAACCACAGAGAAGACGGUUCACGCCUCCCCGACAGAGCUGAGGACAUCCACAACUCCAAGAGAACCACAGAACACACAACCACAACCGCACACCUGACCGAAGCUGUGGACUGGAGACUGACCACUACUACCGGUCCCCCGACAGUACAGACCACAACAACGACCACCAAACCUCCAGACCUUCUGGUAACGACCACAGAGUCCCCCCAGAUCACCUUCACCUCUCCUUCCAUCUCCACCACAACAGAAGCAGUGGUCCCAACCACAACCAAAUUACCUGUAUCACCGGUGUCACACACAGAGACCACCACGACCACCUUCACCUCUCCUUCCAUCUCGACCACAACAGAAGUAGUGGUCCCAACCACAACCAUAUUACCUGUAUCACCGGUGUCACACACAGAGACCACCACGACCGUGCCAGGUCCACCAGUGGCUGUAGGGACCGUAAUGACCCAGCCCCCCACCACACUGAAGACCACGGAGCCUUGGAGGCCCCCCCACAGUGAAACCUCCACCACUCCUUCUAGCCCUGUCUCUAGCACAGAGAAGGUGACCACACCUGAGGUCCCAGUGAAACCUGCGGUCAGCACAGAAGUAGACGUCUCUCCACACCAAGUCUUCUCCACUACCACCACUGAUGCACUUCACCACGUUGCUUCAUCUACAGCUCCAGGCGUCACCACCACAACCUCAGUUACCAUGACGACCACUGCCAAAACCACCACAGCUCCGCCCGAGACUUCUACCGGCGCAGUUUCAACCUCCAGGACGGAGAGACCUCCUGCGACACCCGAACACCCUGCCGUGCCUGGUGUACCUGGGGAACCAGCAUUAUCUUUCACCACAACGGUCCCCACGACAACUGUCCCACCUUUACCUGGUGUCCAUACGACCACCAUCACACCUGUACCUGGUGUCCCAGUGACCACUGUCCCACCUUUACCUGGUGUCCCAGUGACCACUGUCCCACCUUUACCUGGUGUCCAUACGACCACCAUCACACCUGUACCUGGUGUCCCAGUGACCACUGUCCCACCUUUACCUGGUGUCCCAGUGACCACUGUCCCACCUUUACCGGGUGUCCAUACGACCACCAUCACACCUGUACCUGGUGUCCAUACGACCACCAUCCCACCUUUACCUGGUGUCCCAGUGACCACUGUCCCACCUUUACCUGGUGUCCAUACGACCACCAUCCCACCUUUACCUGGUGUCCUAGUGACCACUGUCCCACCUUUACCUGGUAUCCAUACGACCACCAUCACACCUGUACCUGGUGUCCCAGUGACCACUGCCAUCAGACCAGUGACCAUCAGACCGCUAACAGAGACUACUAGCGUUCCUCCCGAUACAGGAAGGGUGGAAGUAUUGUCUACUACUUCCACAACAACUACACAAGAACCAACUUCUUCCUGGUCUGGUCCAGUAACCACAACCAGCUCCUCCACCUCCACCACGUCAGUCCCCAGACCCACUAGCCACCCAGAGAGAGUCACUACCAGAGUGGUUCCUACUUCUAUAGUGGUCUCCAAGACCACCCACAGACCAAUGACAACAACACGCUGGACAACAACAGGCAGGGUUCCCGUGACGACGUCCAGAACUGCCACAACGGUGAGGUCCACCGCCAGACCGAGCACUGUUAGGGCAACUGUAGAUACAAGAACUCUGGGAGUUCCAGGGGUUCCGACAGCGACGACCAGACCCGGUCCUCCUACGGUCGCUCCUCCUAGCCUGGUCACAGCUACCGUCUCAGAGGUUGUUCCAACCACGACCGUUCGUACCACGACCAAACCAGUCACCACUGCCAGAACCACAGAAUCUACCGCCGUCCCCACAGGACCCACUGGCACGACCACAUCCACUUCUGUUUCCGUUCCCAGCCUGACCACGGUCACAGAAUCUACCGCCAUUCCCACAGGACCCACAGGACCCACAGGACCCACAGGAGCGACCACAGAACCAUCCACAUCCACCACUACUACACCAGAAGGAAUAGUACCAUCCACCACUAGAGAGACAGGGGACACUCCAGCAUUCACAGAGAGCACAACCAGAAUGACUCCUUCGCCUGACCUGCUGACCUCUACAGAGGUCGCAGCCACUCCAGGGGUCACACCAAAGGUCACGCCAAAGGUCACACCAGAUGUGACAGCAGCUCCCUCAGUCCCCGCCUUGCCCCCCACGGCCACCCCGACCUCCACCCCAGAGCCAGAGAGGGUGGACGGAGUAGACACCACUGCACCAAAGACUCCGUCACCUGUGUCUCCGUACACCACAUCAGAGACAACCGCGCCACCAUCGGCUCCAUGUAGGCUCAAUGUAGGCUCAAUGGAGCUCAAUGUAGGCUCCAUGGGGCUCAAUGUAGGCUCCAUGGGGCUCAAUGUAGGCUCCCUGGGGCUCAAUGUAGGCUCCCUGGGGCUCAAUGUAGGCUCCCUGGGGCUCAAUGUAGGCUCCCUGGGGCUCAAUGUAGGCUCAAUGGGACUCAAUGUAGGGUCCAUGGAGCUCAAGGUAGGCUCCAUGGGGCUCAAUGUAGGCUCCAUGGGGCUCAAUGUAGGCUCCAUGGGGCUCAAUGUAGGCUCCAUGGGGCUCAAUGUAGGCUCCAUGGGGCUCAAUGUAGGCUCCAUGGCGCCAAAUGUAGGCUCCAUGGGGCUCAAUGUAGGCUCCAUGGGGCUCAAUGUAGGCUCCAUGGGGCUCAAUGUAGGCUCCAUGGGGCUCAAUGUAGGCUCCAUGGCGCUCAAUGUAGGCUCCAUGGCGCUCAAUGUAGGCUCCAUGGGGCUCAAUGUAGGCUCCAUGGGGCUCAAUGUAGGCUCAAUGGGGCUCAAUGUAGGCUCCCUGGGGCUCAAUGUAGGCUCCAUGGCGCUCAAUGUAAUCUCCAUGGGGCUCAAUGUAGACUCCAUGGGGCUCAAUGUAGGCUCCCUGGGGCUCAAUGAAGGCUCCAUGGGGCUCAAUGUAGGCUCCCUGGGGCUCAAUGUAGGCUCCAUGGGGCUCAAUGUAGGCUCCAUGGCGCUCAAUGUAGGCUCCCUGGGGCUCAAUGUAGGCUCCAUGGGACUCCUGAGUGGCACACCUCCCUAUUCAGAGAUCAUAGAUGAGUGUACCAAGUUCCUCUGUGUGAGCGGCCAGCUGGUCCGAUUCAACAUGUCCCAGAACUGUCUGUAUAACUCCACCCCUCCUAACUGCGGCCUGCUCGGCUUCGCCAUCCUGGUCAACGGGGACAAGUGCUGCCCGCAGUGGGACUGCCCAUGUCGCUGCUCAGUGUUCCCGGACCUGAACGUGAUCACGUUUGAUGGUAACAGCGUGGCCAUCUACAAGGCUACCUCCUACAUUGUGACCCAGCUGCCCAGCGAGACCGUCAGCAUCGUGGUCCAGGAAUGCCCCGCUGACUCAGACACGCUGCUGUGGAAUUUCACCAACCUGUGUCUAGUGGUUUUGAACAUUACCCACAAGUCCAACCACCUGGUCAUCAACAGACUGCAGAGGAGGCUGUAUGUGAACUCGAGGUACGCCAAGCCGAGGUUCAAGAAGUUUGGCUUUGAGAUCCUGGACACCGGCAACAUGUAUCUGAUCCGUACGCCAGCGGGCCUGAAGCUGCAGUGGUUCCACAGCACGGGCAUGUUGGUCAUCGAGACAGAGAGCUACAACAGCAAACUGCCCACCAUGGGCCUCUGUGGCUGCUGUGAUGGUAACCCGGGCAACGACCUGAUGCUGUCGAAUGGGACGACAGUCGGGGAGAGCGAGGACCCAGCGGUGUUCAUCGACAGCUGGCAGGUCCCCAACACCACUAGUUACAUCAGCCACAGCCGGCGCAGAGAAGUCAACUGUUCCACCAGCGACUGUUCCCAGUGUAUGACCAUGCUGCGAAACACCUCCUUCAGCCCCUGCCAUGCUUUUGUUCCUCCCAGUACGUUCUGUGAGGUGUGGGUACGUGACGCGGAGUACGUCAACAACCCGUGUGUAGCGCUGGCUGCCUACGUGGCAUCUUGUCACAAGUUCAACGUCUGCAUGGAGUGGAGGAGCCCAGACUACUGUCCAUUCAUGUGUCCAGACCGACUGCGUUACCAGGCCUGUCUGCCUACCUGUACAGCCCAGUCCUGCUCCAACCACGACUUUGACCACGACCCUGAGCAGUGUACAGGCCUGACAGAGGGAUGUGUUUGUCCUGAGGGCACUCUGCUCCAUCGACCCUACUCUGCCCUCUGCAUCCCCCCUGAGAAGUGUGCCUGUACGGACAGUUCGGGUGUACCCCGUGCUCCUGGCGAGGUGUGGAAGGCGUCUAAAGAUGGCUGCUGUAUGUAUCGCUGUGACAACGACAGUAUCGUUCCCGUGGAGUAUAACUGCUCUGCCGUGUCUCAGCCGCUCUGCCGCAGGGCCGGGGAAGUGGUCAUCGGUCUGGCAGACGACACCUCCUGCUGCCCACAGAAAGCCUGCGUUUGUAACCAGACCCUGUGUGACAUCUUCCCCCCGGAGUGUCAGUAUGGAGAGAAGCUGGUGUCUUACUUCAGAGAGGACUCCUGCUGUCCAGACUACGUCUGUGAGUGUGACCCAGAGCGCUGUGAGUCAGACGUCCCAGCCUGUAGAGAGGACCAGACCCUCAUCGCCACCAGGGCUGAUGGCAGCUGCUGCCUGGCACACAUCUGUAUGUGUGGUUCCUGUUUGGAGGUGGUUCCAAACUGCCAGGAUGGAGAGGUGUUGACGGUGGACGCCAACAGUACAGACCUCUGCUGUCCUGUCUACCACUGUGUGUGUGAGCCGUACCGGUGUGCUGAGUUGUCAUGUCCCUUGGGGAUGUCUGCUGUCACCGUGUCCCCUCCAGACCACUGCUGUCCCCUGCACACCUGCGAGGAUGUGUUCUGUGGAUGUGGAGAGACCAUGCAGGUGGACAGGGCUUUCCUAGCAGACCCAACGAACCAGUGUUCCUGUAAGAGAUUUAACUGUGUGCGUGAGGCGGUGUGUGUGGACGGGGAGCGGGGUGUUAUGCAUCCAGGUCAGACCCUCGUGGAUCACAGUCAGGAGGGGGUGUGUCUCACCACCCAGUGUAGCCACAGUCUGGAUCCCACCACGGGCUUCCACCUCCUCCGCACCGCCACCACCAACUGCUCUGCUCAGUGCCAACCGAACCAGAUAUACAUCCCUCCCAAAGACCAGAUGAUGUGCUGUGGUGUCUGCAGGAACAUCUCCUGUCUCUACCACAAUGACAACGGUACUACACUCCUCUACAAGCCUGGGAAGUCGUGGGUGUCAGACUGUAUGAAGUAUGAUUGUACCGACACACUGUCAGGCCCGACCCUGGUGUCCUACUCAUUCAGCUGUCCACCUUUCAACCAGACAGAGUGUAUGAAGAUUGGUGGAACCAUUGUAAGUUACAUGGAUGGAUGCUGCAAGACAUGUAAAGAAGAUGGGAAGUCCUGUCAGAAGGUGACAGUAAGGAUGACGAUACGGAAGAACGACUGUCGCAGUAACAGACCGGUCAACAUAGUGUCAUGUGACGGGAAGUGUCCGUCGGCCAGUAUUUACAACUACAACAUCAACACGUACGCCAGGUUCUGUAAGUGCUGCCGUGAGAUGGGGCUGCAGAGGCGCUCCGUGCAGCUCUACUGCAGUGGCAACUCCACGUGGGUCAACUACUCUAUACAGGAACCCACCGACUGCUCCUGCCAGUGGUCUUAGUGGCCACACAGAGACACACACACACAUGACCGUCUGCACACAUGACCGUUAUUC